AUGGCUCACAUAGAUACAGCAGUCAUCUCAAAGACAGUGAUCAUCCCCAGAGCACACCUCUGGCCCCCAACCCCGGCGAGUUCAAAGGGGGCCAUGGGCCGCGUCUUGGAGCGCGGCCCACUCCCCUGCGCGAUCCAGGGGCCCACAACUUCAACCCAGGCGCAGGUUGGAGCUCGCUGCCCGGACAGCUGCCCGAUCCUUUUUUCCUAUCGAGCUGAACUCGACUUGCCUGUCCCGCAGCGGCGAAACUGCUCUCCAACUCCCACCAAAAAGGAGCACCGUGGACCAUCGCGCCUCAAGCCACCUCUGGGCUUCCCGGGACCGAUCCCCGCUCCCUGCUCCCGUGUGUGGGAAAGACUGGAGUGUGUGCGUGCCCGCUCUCCGUGCGCGAGGAAGACUGAAGUGAUUGAGCCUCUUCACCUCUGGGACUUGGCAGUAACACGUGAUGAACCAGAACAAGAGACCAUACACACUUGUUACCUGGCCAUAGAACAUGCGUAUGUAUCUCUGCAGAGUGAGGGCAGCGAUGUUAAGGACGCGCUCUCGUUUGGCCUCCAGCAGCUGGUACAGCUCUUCCUGCAGGAAGAUCUGAGGAGCACAGUGGGGUGGACGGGAGAGGCGGUGGUGACGUGUGCAGACUCCACUCACCCAGUCCACGCAAACAACUACACAGUGCUCAAACUUCAAGAGGAGGGGAAAAAUGUGCUACCAAAGUCAUCUGGCUGCUCCCAGGGCCUGUCCCAGCUGUCACCACGAGACCACGCUCUAGUACCUUCGGGCCCGGGGGGGAAAAACACUACCAACAACGGCCACUUCAGUCACCAUAAUCACCCUGGCUCCACACCAUUCCUCAGCUUGCCGCCUCCCUCCUUCCAAAACCCCGGGUUUUUGUCCCCCCACGAACCUCCAAAAAAAAGUUUCCCGUCUCUUCGCAUCGAGAAGAACGACCUAAACCCCACCCAAAACCCCUCCCACCCUCAGCCUGUUACUUGA